ACCCCAUCUGUUGCCAAGGUCCACAUUAUCCCCACUUUAGAGGUGAAAAAACUGAGUCACAGAAUCACCUAAGUGGCUGAGUUGGAAACGCAGGUCUGAGGCCAGCCACACACCGUGUAGAGAGAAGAAAAUUUGCCUGGACUGCAGCCAGUGGAGGGGGGUGCUCACGCCAUGGCAGUGGCCUGGACAGAAGGAGGAUGCCUGUCAGGGAGGGUCCUCUCAGACGCUGCCCCAAAGCCAGCACUGAAUAGCAGUGCCCAACACAAGCCACCUCCAAGUCCCCACACCCAGCGGGGACCAGAGCCUGGUGUGCCUGCAAAGGCCAGUGACUGGGGGAACAGCCUGGGAUUCCCCCGGGCCAGACAGUGAGGGCUGCACGUGUGUGCACGUGUGCAUGCAAUGGUGCAGGUGCAGGCCCUGUGCAUGCGUGUAGCGUGUGUGCUGUGCCAUGUGUGCGUGCCCCACAGGGCAGUGGAGACAGGCAAGGACUGGAUCCCUAGACCACGUCCCAUAAAUGUCUGCCGGGCCCCACCGCCAUACCCCAAGGCCAUCGCUAGCCUCCCCCAGCUCCUCUGGGUGCCUGCAGCCUGGUGUCAGUGAGGCCCCCAGCCCCAGACUGGGGGAGACGGGUCCUCAGGCACCCAGAGGCUAAGCGGGAGCUGCUGGCCUGGCCCCCAGGCCCCCGGCACACCCUGGGGCUGACCUGGCUGCAGCAGCCCGCUUGGUUACAGCAUUUCCUCCCUCGCUUGCAUGCCGCUCCUCGGGCCCAGCUGUGAGCCUGGCCCGUGCAGGCAGGGCCCAGGCCGGUGUGAGCACGGCCAGCCACGGGGCCCCGCAGCUUCUAGGCCUUAGACCCUCAAGGUGCACUGUCCCCAGGCAGGCCGAGAGCCCACGGCCUCCCCCUCGGGACCCUCCCCACCCUAGCCACGGGGUGGGAGUGGGCCAUCCGGCCAUCCACUGUCCUCCUGGCUGGCCUGCAGGGCUGUGGGACGCACCCCCCCAGGCUGCCCCUGGGCCUGCCAAGGGAGCCACCCCUGCAGUCUCCCACCCCGACUGCCGACAGUGCCUCCCCAGGGCUGGAGGGAGUGUUUCUGUGCCCACUCCCUGGGGCAUUGGCACCUCCAAGCCUGUCUCACAGGCAGCCGGAGAAUCCAGGCCCCUCUGGCAGACGGGUACAGGGUGACCCCUCUCCAGGAAUAGGUGGGUGCCAGGGGCUUGGGCACAGGCAGGUAGCAAGGUCACAGUCAGCGGCUGCCCAAAGCCUGCCUGCCCGGGUCACUGUCAGCCAGAGAGCCUAGUGGUGGCAUCAGGAUGAAUCCAAUGUGAGCACACCUGUGGGGCCCAGGAGAUGGAGGACAUCUCCAGGGCCCCGAGCUGGCAGGUGAGGACAGGCAAGCGCUUUGCUAAACAAAUCCUCUGCCCCUCCACGCCCCGACUCCCCAUAUCUGGCGCCCCGGUCAGUCUGCCCACUUGCCGUCCCUGCUGGAAGCUGCCACCUGCCAUGCCAGGCCUGGCUCUCCUGGGCCUCGCGGCUGUCCUGGGCGUCAGGGCAGGGGCCCCGCUGUGCCUGUCCCGGCAGCUCAGCUGGCCAGGGGACUACGUGCUGGGGGGCUCUGCCCCCCUGGGCUCAGCUGAGGAGCUCUCGUCCCCUGGGCUGCUCUGGGCGCUGGCCACGACGAUGGCCAUGGAGGAGGUCAACAGCGGGUCCACCCUGAUCCCGGGGCUGCGCCUGGGCUACAACUUCUUCAACACGUGCUGGGAGCCUGUGGUCGCCGCGAAGCCCAGCUUGGUGUUCAUGGCCAAGGCCGGCAGCUGCAGCGUCGCCGCCUACUGCGAUUAUAUGCAGUACCAGCCCCACGUGCUGGCCGUCAUCGGGCCCCACCCCUUCGAGGUCGCCCUGGUCACCAGCUUCUUCCUCAUGCCGCACGUCAGCUACGGCGCCAGCACAGACUGGCUGAGCAGCCGCGAGACGUUCCCGUCCUUCCUCCACACGGUGCCCAGCGACCGCGUGCAGGUGGCGGCCGUGGUGGAGCUGCUGCGGGAGCUGCACUGGAGCUGGGUGGCCGCCGUGGGCAGCGAAGACGAGUACAGCUGGCAGGGCCUGUGCCUCUUCUCUGGCCUGGACGACGCCAAGGGCACUUGAAUCGCGCGCGAGGGCUGGGUGCCGCUGCCCAGAGCCGGCAGCCCGCGGCUGGGCUCCGUGCAGGGCCUGCCACGCCGGGUGAACCAGAGCAGCGUGCAGGUGGAGGUGUUCUCCUCUGCCCGCACUGCCCGCACCGUCUUCAGCUACAGCAUCCGCUACAGGCUCUCGCCCAAGAUGUGGGUGGCCAGCGAGGCCUGGCUGCCCUCAAACCUGGUCAUGACGCUGCCCAGCAUGGACCGGGUGGGUACCGUGCUCGGCGUCCCGCGUCAGGGCGCCCAGAUGCCCGAGUUCCCGUCCUACGUGCAGACGUGCCUGGCCCUGGCCGCGGACCCCGCCUACUGCGCCUCGCUGGACGCAGGGCAGCCAGGCCUGGAGGAGCACGUGGUGGGGCCGUGCUGCCCUCAGUGUGACUGCAUCACCCUGGAGAACGUGACUGACGGGCUGCUGCACCGCCAGACCUGCGCCUUCGCAGCUGUGUACGGCGUGGCCCAGGCGCUCCACAACACGCUGCUCUGCGACACCUCGGGCUGCCCUGUGCGGGAGCCCGUGCGGCCCUGGCAGCACCCGGAGAACACGCACAACCUGAGCCUGCGGUUUGACACCAACGGGAACGUGGACGUGAAUCAUGACCAGAAGCUGUGGGUACGGUGGGACCGGACGCCCACACUGCGUACCGUGGGCACCUUCAAUGGCAGCCUGCAGCUCUGGCACUCCCAGGUGAGGUGGCACACGCAGGGAAACCAGCCCGUGCCCCAGUGCUCACGGCAGUGCAAGGAGGGCCAGGUGCACCGCGUUAAGGGCUUCCACUCCUGCUGUUACGACGGUACCGACUGCAAAGCAGGCAGCUACCAGCGCAACCCAGGUGAGCCCUCCGAGAGCCGUGGCAGGGGCGAGGCUGGGGGAAGCCGACGGCCCCCAGCACCCCCCUCUCCUCCCCCUGCCCUCUGCAGCAAGUGUGACCAGGACCACAGGUCCCCGGACUGGAGCACCGGUGCCUCCCCCGCCGGCCCAAGUUCCUGGGGUGCUUCUGCUCUGGCCCUGGCUCUGGGCCUGGUGCUGGCAGCCCUGGGACUCUUCAUCUGGCGCCGGCACAGCCCAUGGUUCGGGCCUCGGGUGGGGGCCACAGGCCUGCUCUGCCUGGGCCUCGUCUGCCUCAGCGUCCUCCUGUUUCCCGGCCGGCCCAGCCCUGCCAGCUGCCUGGCCCAGCCGCCGCUGCACCACCUCCUGCUCACCAGCUGCUGGAGCACACCCUUCCUGCAGGCGGCUGAGAUCUUCGUGGGGUCAGAGCUGCAGCCGAGCUGGGCAGACCGGCUCUGCAGCCGCCUGUGGGGUGCUGGCUGGUACUUCCCGCCGGAGGUGCCGACAGGCUGGCAAGUGCUGCCCACGGAGGCGCUGGUGCACUGCCACGUGCGCUCCUGGGUCAGCUUCGGCCUGGUGAACGCCACGCUGGCUUUCCUCUGCUUCCUGGGCACCUUCCCGGUAAAGAGCUGGCCCGGGGGCUACAACGGUGCCCGCGGCCUGACCUCUGCCAUGCUGGCCUACUUCAUCACCUGGGUCUCCUUCGUCCCCUUUGCCGACGUGCACACGGUCUCCCAGCCUGCCGUGCAGGUGGGCGCCAUCCUCUUCUGUGUGCUGGGCAUCCUGGGCACCUCCCACCUGCCUAAGUGCUACCUGCUGCUGUGGCGGCCGGACCUCAACACCCCUGAGUUCUUCCUGGGAGGGGGCCCUGGCGAUGCCAGAGGGCGAGGCAGCAGUGGGGGCGGGGAGGAGACUCAGGGAGAAAACAAGCGACCCCUGACCCAGUGACCUCACCCCAGUGAACUCAUACCUAAUCAAGGUGCCCCCAGACCAAGUCCCUAUGCAGCAACCUAGACUGUGCCCCAACUCCGCUGUGACUCCCCAGCCCUACAUUCUGCUGACCUUGACCCCACAGUGACCUCCAGAGUGCAUAAGGGGCCUCAGCUCCGUGGGAUCUCAACCCCUGGGGCCCCAGAGGCAGGCUCUGUCCCUGCCCCAGCCAAGCCCUGGCCUGCACAGGUGACCCAGUGCCACUGUUCCAGACAGAGGCCCAUGGAGGCCUCCUCGGGGCCCCCCGUAGCCCAGGCUGAGCGCACAGGAAAGCCCCCAGCCAAACCAUGUGAAGGCAAAGCUGGAUAGCACUUGCCUGGCUGGGCCCAGCCUGGGCCCCACCCCCCCAGCAUCCUGUCCAAGCAUCGUAGGAGUGGGAGGUUGGCGGGUGGGUGGGGCUUUCUUGACCCCUCUGCAGGGGUGUGUGCCUGACUGUGGGCCCCACUGCAGGGCAGAGACCCGCUCAGGAAGGAGGGGGCACCCAGCUUCCUUCUCUCCCUGGCCAGCGAGCCAGUAGAAUGUGGCCAGUCCCCUCCAGCACCGCGGACAGAGCCCGGCCAGGGUCGGGGGUCAGAACCAAGGCCAGCACCAGCCGCAAGGACGACCCACCCCACCCCACCCUCCACCCCCCGCACCCCCCACCGGAGCCAGGAGCCAGCGCCACAGACAGAAGACCGCCCGCCAGGACUGCUGCGGCCAGGGCCUUGUCGCUGGGUCCUGGGUCCUGGGUCAGCUCUCGGACGGACCCUGGGGAAGCUGACCCGGCCCCUGCACCCCAAUCUCCUAAAGUGGUUAAAAAGAGACACAGAUCACACGUCGGUCCCAUAAAAUUAAAUGCUUUUUAGUGUUUAAAAUAGCAUUUACACAGAAGCAGCUCUAUUAACUACCUGGACGACGCUCCAGCUCCGCACAGUAUCUACAGUGCAGACGUGUGCAGGCCAGCGACGCUGGACGGAGGGAGCAGCGUGCGUGCGUGCGUGCGUGCGUGCGUGCGUGGGCGGCCACCCCAGGACCGCGGGGAGGGGCGAACUGGCCACGCCCUCUGCCCCAGACCCCGCCCCGGCAGCAGCUGUGUGCAUCUGUGGCCCUUGCCCUCAGUGUCACCUUCCCUCUCCUGCCAUCUCCCCCUCACCGUCCUCCCGCACACCUUCAGACACACCGUGUGUCCCUGCGGGGUGGGGGUGAACACAUGAAACUCUGCUCCAGUGGCUGGGAGUGGGGGGACAGCUGACUUGGCCGCCACCCCGUGGAGCACACAGGCCAGGCAAUAAAUAAAUAAAUUAGAUCCCUACCCUGGGCAGCCAGAGAGAGGCCUCGGGGCUAGGACCCUACCCCCGAGAGGGCCCCCCACCCCGGCCUGGGCAGGAUGGGGGGUGGGGCCUGUGAACCGGGUGAAGAGGGGGGCCCAGGCCUAGCGGCCACCUCUCAGCUCAACCUGAGGCCCCGUGCACAGCACUGUGGGCG